AGUUGGUGUGACGUCACAUCCAGUUUAGGGCCAGGUGUAGCACGUUGCUCUUCAAACUUUUUACGUGGGAAGGAAGUCUUCACAAAAGUGACCGACUAGUUUGUUGUUGUAUAUGAAAUCACGCGUUAGUCAUAUGAGCAGUUCAUUCUGUGCAGUCUGGUUCGAAGAGAAGGGUCGAUUUCGAGGAGAAUUUGAGGCAGCAGAAGUGUUUCCGGCGGAAGACUCGAUGAGUCAGGUAAGAUCGCGAGGCAACGCGUCUCAUUUUGUCGAGCGGAAAUCGCCUUCUUCGCCGAUUUCUGUUCUGUUUUUGACACUGAAACGCCAAUCCAGCGAACAGAAGUACAACGAGGCAAUGUCUUGCUUCGUCUGUGAUGGUUUGUUGUGCUUUUGCAGCGGUUUUGAAGCCUCCUCGAACAACAAAGGAAGUUGUGUAUCCUACGCGUUCGCGACGUAAACAGGAAAGGUGGUAGGGGUGACACGGUUUAAUCUUCUGAUUUUUGGCAGCAUCUGGUGAUGAUAUGGCAUCUGAGGGUGGUACCCAGGGGAAUGUCACUCUGCAAUUGCAGUGUAGUGCUUCAAGCUCUGCUGAAGAUGUUAAAAAGCUAUCGGAAGAGAAACUAGACCGGCAGCUUACUGGUUAUGUGGUUGUGUUCAAUGGCACUGAGCUUACUACUGUUCAAAGCAUUUUAAAAGACCAAGCUCUUGGCAAUGGAGACCUGGACCAGAUGCUUACUGUGCUUGCAGUUUUAAAUGAGGAGAACCUCAGAAUAGAAAUCACCAGUAUUCAAACUGCUUCUGAAGUUGACAUACUUCCUCUUCCAGUUGUGGAACCGGAAGUGAAAAUGAACAGUGUUGAAAUUCAAGCUGUGUUUCCAGCAGUGGUUGCUGAAGAACCUCCAAAGAAACGAAGAAGAUCUUCUGGCUCUGCACCAGGAAAAGGGAAUGCUAAACCUGUUCAAUCACCCUCCACAGCAUCGCAACAGGUGCCAGUUAUCAGCUGUGCUAAUUCUGAAAGCAAUAUGCAAGGACAACAAAUUUCAGUCAUAAAGAAUGGUUUGGAAAAUUCUGCCACUAAAGACGAAUCUGCAAUGAUAGAUCUCAAUCCAGCACAGACAUCAUUCUCUUUAAAAGGCUUAGCAGGCAUUCCCUCCGAUAGCCCUGCAUUAAUUAUUCAUGCAUCACCGCAGAACAGCCCUGGAGAAGUCAAAUCACCAUCAGCUGAUGCUGUUAGUGGUGACGAUGAAGAUAAAACAAAAAGUAUUGACGGAAAGGCUUGUCCAGGAAACAGAUCAGGCAACAACGGCCAGAUUCAGUUGUGGCAGUUCCUGCUGGAGCUGCUAACAGACAGAGGCAGUCGGCAUCUUAUCAUGUGGGUGGGCGAGAAUGGCGAGUUCAAACUGAACGAUCCCGAGCAAGUAGCCGCGCAGUGGGGUAGACGAAAAAACAAACCAGCCAUGAACUACGAAAAGCUGAGCCGAGCACUGCGGUAUUACUAUGAUGGAGACAUGAUUCACAAAGUUCAUGGAAAGAGAUUUGUUUACAAGUUUGUGUGCGACCUGAAAAACCUGCUGGGUUAUAGUGCAGGGGAACUGAGCAGACUCGUUCUGGAGGCCGAGGAGGCAGCUGCCGACGCGGAGCCUGGGACGAAUGGGGGACAUUAAUGUAUUUAAAAAUAUAUUAUAUAUUUACCAGAAUGAUGUAUGCAGUGCAUUUGUAGGUAGCUGUAAAUAAUUUUUAACUAGUAACGAUGGUCUCCAGUGAUGGUACAGGUUUAUGCGUACACCAUGUCUGUAUGUGUGGCCAUUGUGGGGUUUCUUCACAAGAAGAAGGCUCCACCUGUUGUAAUCAUUUCUUAGGUUCUAGGUUAGGCUCUGUUACUUUGACUAUCACACAACACAGGUCUCUUGGGCGUCACGCAAUGAUUCAUGUGACAAUACAUACAACUGAAUAGCUUCAGACGGACUAGUGUAAGACAUGGAUACUCAUUGUGUUCUACAAGCCUGAUUAGUAUUGCAUGGGACGGACCGUUAUUCUUUUUUUGAGGAAGGGGGGGGGGGGGGG